AAGUCAAUCAACAACAUGAGAAGCUUAGAAAUGCAUCAUGCUACAAAUUAAAACUUUAAUUUACCUACUAUUUUUUAGUGGGCAAGUUGGGCUAACGAUAAUAAGAACCUUUUUCCACCAACCGAUUUUGCAAUGAAGCUUCAAAAAGGAGGAAUAAUAAUAGAAGAAAGGUGCAUGCUUCUUCCAAUUGAGUGAAAGGAAUUUGAAGAAUCAAAAGAAUAAUUCAUCACAAUGAAAUUGGCAAAGGUACAACCAAUAGUACUAGUAGGGGGGAGCAACACUUGGGGAAUUAGAAACACCUUUCAUUCUCUUUUGGCCAUUCUUACCACUCUUUUAGUCAUUAGUUUCAUUUAUAUAAAACAAGACAAUGGAACACAGUUAUCAUCAUCAUCACCACCCCAAGAACAUGAAGAAAUGAUAGAUGCCUCUCAGGAUGAUGACACUCAUAAUAAUGUGUCAUCAUCUAAAUGUGACUUGUUCAAUGGGAAAUGGGUUUUUGACAAUAAGUCUUAUCCAUUAUACAAAGAUAAGGAAUGCAAGUUCAUGUCUGAUCAAUUGGCAUGUGAGAAGUUUGGAAGGAAGGACUUGAGUUACCAGAAUUGGAGGUGGAAGCCAAACCAUUGUGAUCUACCAAGGUUCAAUGCCACAGCAUUGCUUGAGAGGCUAAGGAACAAGAGGCUUGUGUUUGUGGGGGAUUCACUCAACAGAGGCCAAUGGGUUUCCAUGGUUUGCCUUCUUCACACUUCCCUCUCAUCCUCAACUCACACUUCCAUGCACAACACUGCUAAUGCCUCUCUUAACAUUUGGAAGGUCACAGAAUACAAUGCAACAAUUGAGCACUAUUGGGCACCAUUGCUAGUAGAAUCAAAUUCAGAUGAUCCAGUGCACCAUAGAGUAAUAGAAAGAACUGUGAGAGUGAAUGCAAUUGAGAAGCAUGCUAGGUAUUGGACUCAUGCUGACUUUAUUGUCUUCAACACUUACCUCUGGUGGAGAAGGCCUCUUAUGAAUGUUUUGUGGGGAACAUUUGGAGACCCAAAUGGAGUUUACAAAAAAGUGGAAAUGCUAAGAGUUUAUGAGAUGGCAUUGAGAACAUGGUCAGAUUGGUUGGAGGUCCAUGUUAAUCGUAACAAGACACAGUUAUUUUUUGUUAGUAUGUCACCAACUCAUGAAAGGGCUGAAGAAUGGGGAGCAGAUAAGGGUGACAAUUGUUACAAAGAAACAGAAAUGAUCACAGAAGAAGGGUAUUGGGGUAAAGGGUCAGAUCCAAAAAUGAUGAAAGUGGUGGAAAAUGUGGUUGAAGACUUGAAAACAAGAGGAUUGAAUGUUGAAAUACUUAACAUCACUCAGCUCUCAGAGUACAGAAAAGAAGCACACCCUUCUAUAUACAGAAAGCAGUGGGAGCCUCUAACACAAAAACAGAUACAAGAUCCAAAUAGCUAUGCAGAUUGCAUACAUUGGUGCCUUCCUGGAGUUCCUGAUGUGUGGAAUGAGAUACUUUAUGCCUAUCUUUUCCAACAAUGACUAAUAAACAAAAGAAAAUAUUAAUUUGUAUAACAAAAAGAAAAAAAAACUACACCUUCAUACAACCUUUCUAAGAUUGUUGAAUCAUUUCUUUUUCUUUUUCAACCACUGAUAUUGUAAAGCAAAGGCUUUCCUUUUCCCCUCUGAAAUUGUUUGAGUCUCCAACUACCAAUCAGUCUAGAAUAUUCAUAAGCCUAAACCUGGCUUGUUAUUAGAUAUUAACAAAGUGCAGAUGACAAGUUCUCCACAAGUGCAACAUGUUAAUAAAGUGUUAUUAAUUGUACUUUAUUCCCUUCAACCCCUUAAACUUCACGCCAUGUCCAUUUUGAACUUCAAAAAUAUACUAAUGGACUCUUAAACUUGAAGUGAAGAUCAAGGUUGUGUAGGCACAACUGAACAACCGGAGACUAGAAAAUAUAUCCAUUACAAUGAAUUAAUCUCGCUUUGAAGGUAAGGGUAACAAAAUUUGGCCUGAAGGGAUGAGCAAAGCAAACAAUGCUGUGAAGUAUGGUUUUGGUGCUAUGUUUGAAUCCUCAUAAAAAUAUUAGGGGAAUGGUCUUUUUACAGAAAGGAUUAAGGAAGUACCUUACUGCAUCUAAAGUGAAGUAUCA